AACCAAUGUAGAUACUACAAAUACUCAAACUACUAUAACUCUUCAAAGGGGUAGGAGUAAAGGAAAGACUAAAGUAACAAGUGAAACUCCUACCAACAUCAAUUCUGAAACAAAUAAUGCUGGCACUUCCAACUCUAAUAGAACCAAUGUAGAUACUACAAAUACUCAAACUACUAUAACUCUUCAAAGGGGUAGGAGUAAAGGAAAGACUAAAGUAACAAGUGAAACUCCUACCAACAUCAAUUCUGAAACAAAUAAUGCUGGCACUUCCAACUCUAAUAGAACCAAUGUAGAUACUACAAAUACUCAAACUACUAUAACUCUUCAAAGGGGUAGGAGUAAAGGAAAGAUUAAUGUAACAAGCGAAACACCUACCAAUACCAAUUCUGAAACAAAUAAUGUCGGCACUUCUAAUUCUAACGGAACCAAUGUAGAUACUACAAAUACUCAGUCCACUACAACCCUUCGAAGGGGAGAGAUUAAUGUAACAAAUGAAGCACCUGCCAACAUCAAUUCUGAAGCUACAUCAACUACAAAUCUUUCAACUGGUCAUAGUGUCAAGAGAAAAGUUGGAGAUAUCCCCAGUGAUAGUGAUAAUGAAAAAAAGGUCCAAACAUCUAGAAGGAAGAAGGCCAAGGGGAUCACUAAUGUAAUAACCGGAAGCUCAUCAACUGGAAGAAAUGCAGUUGAUAAUGGAGAAGGUUCAUCGACUUCUUUAGGAAAAAGAAAGGCAGCCGAAAGUGAAGAUGGUUCUGAAGGGAAAAGGAAGGCAGCUAAAAAUAAAGAUGGUUCAUCAGUUUCUAAAGGAAAGGGAAAAGAAGCCGUAAAUGAAGAAGGUUCAUUGACUGCUAAAGGAAAAGGAAAGGCAGUCGAAAAUGAAGGAUCAUCAACUAAGACCAAAAAAAGAAUUGAACGAGCUAUGAUCCAACGAAUGUAUUUGAUUGACAAAAAAGAAGUUGACCCAACACGAAGAGAAUACGAAGUUUUAGGCCCAACUGGAGAUGUUUACACCGCUGUGAUUUCAAAAACUGUAUCAUGUUCCUGCCCUGAUUACCAGAAAGCUCUUUGUACUCUUAAAAAUUUUGAAAGUAGAUCCAAACAGCAACCUUAUUUACCAGAAAGCGCUACUAACAAAGGAAUUGAGACCUAUUUUUGA